CUUUACGUCUUGUACGCAGACUGGAGCGUGGGUUUAGCUGGUUUAAGGAUUAAGCCAAGCUCGCGGAAUGCCGGCUGAAGCGUGGUUGGUUAUGUUACACUGCUGAAGGCACAGGCUGCAGCUGUCCAGACCAGCCUGCCAAGCAGAGCAGAAGUCCGGCCAGUAAGGGGCGCUGAGUCGGCUGCUGCACCCCUGCCCGGGCGGGCGCGUGGCGCCGCGACUGCCGCACCUCCUCCCCAGUCGGCGCCAUGUCGGACGGCAGUGAGGACGGCGAGAUCUCAGAGCCGCGCGAGUUCCUGGUCGACGACGACUCGCUCGAAAUCAAGCCGCCGCAAAACCAGGCCGGCAGCAAGCACAAGGCGCGCUCCAAACACUCGGAGCACAAGCGGCGUGACAAGCACAAGCACCGGCGCCACGAGAGCCGCCGGCAGCGGCGCGAGCACCGCGAGCGCCGCGACGCCCACCGCCAGCCGCCGGACGCCCACCGGCCUCCAGUAGACGCGCACCGUCCUCCAGUGGACGCGCACCGGCCGCCGUCGGACGCGUACGAGCCGCACGAGCAGGCGCGGCCGUCGCGGUCGCGCGAACGCCGAGAUCGGGACGGCCGGCGCGAGCGGCGACCCGAGCGCGAGCCGUUGCCGGUCGACUCGCGCGACGGCCGCGCCGCCUACCGCGAGCCGGCCGACGAUCUGCCGCCGCGUGAGCGCGAGCGUGACUCGCGCCACCGCCAGGAGCGACGCGAUCCACCCACCGAGGUGGACCUGCGCCGCGAGCGAUUCCUGCAGGCGGUGCGCGUGUCCGAGCACCAGAAGGAGAUGUCGCGGCGCGAGCUGGAGGCGCGCCGCCAGCGCCGCGAGGUGGAGAAACUGCGCCAGCGCGAGCUGCGUGAGAUCGAGCUGAAGCGCGAGCGCGAGUACAGCGACGACCGUGAGGGCGGCGACGGCCGGCGCAAGAAGUCGCGCCGCGUGGUGGAGUUGCUUUCCGAGUCGCCCGAGCGCGCGCCGGAGCGUGAGCGGGAGCGGGAGAGGGAGUCAGCACGGCCGCCGCGCGAGGACCGCGAUGUGCGAGAAGAGCGGGAUCCGCGGGAGGAGCGUGAGCCACGAGAAGCGCGCGAGGGGCGGGAGGGGCGCGAAGCUCGUGAGGGUCGUGAGGGUCGUGAGGGACGUGAGGGAAGGGAGGGCCGAGAAGGUCGCGACGGACGGGAGGGUCGCGACGUUCGGGAGACGCGGGAAGAGCGUGACCGUGAGCGCGUCAAGAAGGCCGAGUCGGAGCGUUCCUCGGGCGAGGAGGAAGAAGAGGAAGAGGACGACGACGACGACGACGAGGAGGAGGAAGAGGGCGAGGAGAGCGAGGAGUCGUCCUCUUCCGAAUCGGCUGGCGACGAGGAGCAGGACGGCGAAGAGGAGGAGGAGGACGAGGAGGCGGACGUGGCAGAGGCGGCGCCGUCUCGCUCGCCCACGCCACCUGUGACGGGCCGUCGGUGGCGCCAGACUAGCCGCUCGUCCCCGGAGGCGACGUCGCCGCUGCGGGCCGGCUCGCCCGCCCGCAGCACACCGCCGCCGUCGCCGCCGGCGCUGAUGGCGGCCGACUCGCCGCCGCCGUCGCCGGUCGAGAUGAAAGAGGUGCUACCGCCGUACCUGCCGGCCGUGCAGGGCUGCCGCAACGUUGAGGAGUUCAACUGCCUGAAUCGCAUUGAGGAGGGCACGUAUGGUGUGGUGUAUCGCGCCGUCGACAAGCGCACAAAGGAGAUCGUGGCGCUGAAGCGGCUCAAGAUGGAGAACGAGAAGGAGGGCUUUCCAAUCACUUCGCUGCGGGAGAUCAACACGCUGCUGAAGGCGCAGCACGAGAACAUCGUGACCGUGCGCGAGAUCGUGGUCGGCAGCAACAUGGACAAGAUUUACAUUGUCAUGGACUACGUGGAGCACGACCUCAAGAGCCUGAUGCAGACGAUGAAGCUGAAGAAGCAGUCGUUUACGACGGGCGAGGUCAAGUGCCUGCUGAUCCAAAUGCUGCGCGCCGUGCGGCACCUGCACGACAACUGGAUACUGCACCGCGACCUCAAGACGUCCAACCUGCUGCUCUCGCACAAGGGCAUCCUGAAGGUGGGCGACUUCGGCUUGGCGCGCGAGUACGGCUCGCCGCUGAAGCAGUACACGCCGAUUGUGGUGACGCUGUGGUACCGGGCGCCGGAGCUGUUGCUGGGCGUCAAGGAGUACUCCUGCCCCAUCGACAUGUGGUCGGUUGGCUGCAUCUUCGGCGAGCUCGUGCGCAUGGAGCCCAUGUUCCCCGGAAAAUCUGAGGCCGACCAGAUCAACCGCAUCUUCAAGGAGCUGGGCACGCCCAACGAGAAGAUCUGGCCGGGCUACAGUGAGCUGCCGGCCAUCAAAAAGAUGACCUUCACCGAGUACCCGUACAACCAGCUGGCCAACAAGCUGGCCGGCGCCGUCACGGAGAAGGGCGUGGCGCUGAUGAACAAGCUGCUCACGUACGACCCCAAGCGCCGUCUGGCGGCUGACGAGGCGCUGGCGCACAGCUACUUCGACGAGCAGCCUCGCCCCAUCGACCCGGGCAUGUUCCCCACCUGGCCGGCCAAGUCCGAGCUAGGCCACAGGAAGACCGGCCACAGCCCGAAGCCGCCGUCCGGCCGCAAGAACCUGGGCGAUGAAGACGUCGGCUUUCAGCUGGGCGCGGCCGCCGGCGCCGGCGGCUUCAGCCUUAAGUUCUGAGGCGGCCGGCGGCUUCAGCCUUAAGUUCUGAGACGGCCGGCGGCUUCAGCCUUAAGUUCUGAGACGGCCGGCAGCGUCAGAGGCGGCUGUGGGGCCGGGCGCGCGUGAUGCGGUGCGGGUGUUCGGACUUGUGACGCGAGUGGUGAGAGACUCGAGUGCUGCGGAAUGGAGAGAGGCAUGGCAUGUGUCGGCGUAUGGCGUGAGUGGUGAGACUGAGCGCUGUGCCGUGUGGAACGGGGCGAGUGUUCCGGCCUCCGAUUCGUGGCGAGAGUGAUAGGCUCGGAUGUCGCCAUGCGUGAGGUUCAGUUGGCUGUCCGUCUUGUGGCCUGGGUGUGGCGUACCUCCGAGUGUUAAGUGUAGCCGUCACGUCAACCGGGAGCGCUCUAGUGUGUUUGUACAACGGGAGGAAGCUCUAUGAGUGCAAAUCAUCCAUCGUUGCGCAUUGUUGCCGUGCUGUCGGCAGUGUCACAUGUGGGAGUCUUCAUCCGUCGGAAAUGUUAACACAGACUUCCGUGAACCAA